ACAAUAGAAAAGCUGAAAUCAUUAAUAAGUUGGUGGGAGAUCAUUUAGGGAAAUCUUAUCACUUACUUAAACCAAGAUCAAGGCUUUCUUUUUCUAAAAGUUACUAGAAGACGUAACUAACUCCGUCCAGUAUUAUACAAAGACCCGAAGGAACAUGGAUCGUGGCAUCUGUAAUGGCUGUAGAUCACUGUCAAGGAUAUCAACUGUGUUAGUUGUUGUUGUGGUGUCGCUUGUUUUGCGAUCAGUGUCAUCAAUAAAACUGCCAGAGGAGACAUGUAAACCAAGACCAGUGGUGGUUUCUGUGACUCAAGAUUACAGACCAUACCACAUAACAGUGUAUCGCUGCUCCGGAACUUGUGAUGCUAACAUACCACCCAGCCAAAAACCAUGUACAGCAGCUAAAAAGAAAGAAAUAGAAGUCGAAUUUACGGGUCCAUUAGGACAGCAUCACAAGACUAUCAAAAUUUAUAAUCAUACAAGUUGCAGUUGCGAGUGUAACUUGGAAUGUAAUUGGGCUGAGGGGGAGCGGCUAGAUGGAGAUAACUGCAGAUGCCUAAAGGGGCCAAGUACUGACAGAUUUGUUGGUGGCCAAAAAAACAGAGGAUGUGCUUCCAUACAAGAUUGGCCUAGCUGCUUUGGGAUUCGUUACCGCAUUGAUUCUGGUUCUGGUUGUGUGCACAAAACGAAAGCAGGUUCUAGAGAGUGUGAAAAAAAGCUGCUGCAAAAGAGACCCACCACCAGCAGCAGCAGUGGAAGCAGCAGUCUAAAUAUAACAGUAUUGAGUCACAGGAUGGGAAGCAAGAACAAGUUAAACAUCCACUUCAAAAAAUGGCAUUUGCCUGUACUGAAAUGCCAAUCUCAAGUACAAGACCAGCUCUGAUUGCUGUUAGUUUUUAUUGUGCACAUGUUCUAGGGAUUUUUAAAAGAUUUGGAAAUUAAACUAAUGCUAUGUUUAACAUAAGAAGGUAUGCACCAAAAUCUAGAACAAAUAAACUGGUUGAACAUACUAGAUGGUUUACAAUAUUAGCAGUGAUUUAAAAAGGUCCAAAAAAAGAGUUUGGUUUUUUAUUUGCUUUCUUAAUUGAACUUGCAAGUACAUUUGAUGAUUGUACAUGUUGUAGAUGUAGAAUAGUUAUUUAAGUAUCUUUAAAAGUAACUUUUUUAAGCCUCUUGAUUGAGGAAUCAUCGCAUACUGUAAAUAACAGGUCCGUUUAAUUUAUAUAUAACAAACUUAAGGUAGACCAAAUACUUAUAGCUCUUGUGACAAUCACAUUAUGCAUCAAAACGCCACUCGUGUAGUUCGUCUUUAGUACACAAGCAGGCAGCGUUUCCUUCUCAAAAGAUAUGUAUUUCUCAUAGUGAAGAUGAAUUCAUUGCAGAGCCCGAGGUUUAUUCAUUUACCACUAGACUCUUUACAGAUGAAAACAGUUAUUACUGACAGAAGAAUCCUUUUGGAUUCAAAGUUGUUCACUUAGGACGUUUAGUAAACCAUGAUUCCCUCAGUAGAAAGGGAUAAACAUAAUUAUCAGGUAGAUUGAAAUGUUGACACAUGUUGGUAUAUUACAGCGUACAUGUAUUACAUAUAAUAAGUGUACCUUCUAUAAGGCAGAAUCCAGUAGGAUUCUAAGUGGUUCGUUUGACCAUUAGAAAUUCAAGGUCAUUGGGAUACCAGUGAUAACAAUGCGUAUGCAGUGUUGAGCAUGCCGUUGUUUUUGUGAUAAUUAAGUAGCAAGUCAUUCAUUGUACAGUCUGGAGAAUUCAUAGAAUUUGUAAUUCAAACAUUUUCAAGAUUGCCCAUAUUAAUAUUAAAUAUCAGUUUUUGAUCUUUCAUUGACCAACAGAACAUACAACCUUCAGUUUUGUCCUGUUUUGGGGGGGCAAUAAUGAGAAUCAUACGAAAGGUCAGGUUGUAUUAAAUAACUGAUAAUUGCAUAAUAUUGUGUACAUGUAAGUACAUUUGAUGGAAUAAAACAAAUAAUUACAGUGUUUC